AUGGUCAGCACAGGUAGAAUUGCCUGCAAGGAGCCGCGAGCAGAGUCCAGACAAACUCCAGACAAGGGGCUAGGGCUAUUCGCAACAUCCCAGAUACGGCCCAAGGACAACAUCUUCGCAAUUACCGCCAACUUCGCCACUGUCUUGGAUACUGCAAGACUGCAUGAUACGUGCUCAAAUUGCUUCGUCACGGUAGGUGACGAGUUAAAUCCUGACUUGUCAUUGAAAGCGUGUGCUGGCUGUCAUGUUGUUAAAUAUUGCGGAAGGAAAUGUCAAAUCGAAAGCUGGGCUGCAUCGCACAAGAAAGAAUGCAAGAUAUAUAAAGAGUGUCAGCCAAGGAUUCUGCCAAUGAAUGCAAGGGCUAUUCUUAGAAUAAUUUCUCAGCCGGACAAUAAGGUCUUGAAAGAAAUAUAUGAUACCCAUCGUGCAGUGUUUCGAACGCUUGGACACCACUUUUCCAAGAUGGACGAGAGGGGUGGCGAGCAGGCCCGUAGGAUUACUGUUAGCGCAGAAGCAUUGAAGGCAAUUUCUAACACGGAGGUUGAAUUAUCCACCCUUGUGGUCUAUUUUGCAAAGGAUAUUGCUCCAGAUGAGGAAAUAUUCAUCUCCUAUACUGAUAAUACCGAGCCGCUCAAAAAACGCCAAACUGAACUCCAACUACGGUAUUUCUUCGAGUGCAAGUGUCCUAAAUGUCUAAAAGGAACUUCAGCGCGUGAAGACCAGUUUCUCACGCCAGGGGGACCUUCUUGUCCCUCCCAAGAGAAGGAGGCACGUGAACUUCUCGCAAAGAGUAAGACACAGGGCGAAACAGUGAGAACCUCAGUUCAAAGAAUAGAAGAAGCAUUUGGCCUGUUGCACGCUACUAAAUGUUGGCCUAUAACUCGCCAACCCCUCCCACAACUUCUUGAUGAAUUUAUCGUGAAUCUACUGGAGGCUAAUUGCUACAAAUCCGCGUUCCUGGCUGCUGUUAUCCGGUAUCUCCAUAUCGACCCCGUCUUAUAUCCUAGCCGACUGCACCCUAUCCGCAAACGGAAUACAUGGGCCCUCGCAAAGCUUCUCCGGUGCAUCAAUCAAUCCCAAGAUCGCGAUGCAAGCCCUCCAACUCCGCAUCUUGACCAGCUCCAGCCCGACUUUGCAUGGAUUUGGUACGCUUUGCUCCAUGAACUUGUGGAGACAUACGAUGAUACACAAGGUCUUCAGCUUUUGUUGAACGCAGAGUAUCAGUCGAUUUGCGACGACAUGAUGCACUAUGGGGUCGACUUUAACACAGCCGACGGACGCCGAAAAAACAAGAUGGCAAUUACGAGCGCAUUGCAAAACUUGAGACAAGUAGCGGACGAGGAGCUGCCAAGGUUAAAUAACAAUGGUUGGAAAGUAAUUGGAACUUAUUUAAGUGACGCAGAAUAA